AGAAGCGAUGAGGAAUUACCUGAAGGAGGGAGACCAGACGGUCCUCAUCCUGCACGCGAAAGUCGCACAGAAAUCCUACGGCAACGAGAAAAGGUUCUUCUGCCCCCCUCCGUGCGUGUACCUGAUGGGCAGCGGCUGGAAGAAAAAGAAGGACCAGAUGGAGCGAGACGGCUGCUCGGAGCAGGAGUCCCAGCCCUGCGCCUUCAUCGGGAUCGGCAACAGUGACCAGGAGAUGCAGCAGCUCAACUUGGAGGGAAAGAACUAUUGCACGGCCAAAACCUUGUACAUAUCAGACUCCGACAAGAGAAAGCACUUCAUGCUGUCCGUCAAGAUGUUCUACGGCAACAGCGCGGACAUCGGCGUCUUCCUCAGCAAGAGGAUCAAAGUGAUCUCCAAGCCCUCCAAGAAGAAGCAGUCGCUCAAGAACGCCGACUUGUGUAUCGCGUCUGGGACCAAGGUGGCGCUGUUCAACCGGUUGCGCUCCCAAACAGUCAGCACACGCUACCUUCACGUGGAGGGGGGAAACUUCCACGCCAGCUCUCAGCAAUGGGGCGCUUUCUACAUUCACCUGUUGGAUGACGAGGAGUCAGAAGGAGAGGAGUUCACUGUGAGGGACGGCUACAUCCACUACGGCCAGACUGUGAAGCUGGUGUGCUCAGUCACAGGCAUGGCCCUGCCCAGACUGAUCAUUCGCAAGGUGGACAAGCAGACCGCCCUGCUGGAUGCAGACGACCCCGUGUCCCAGCUCCACAAGUGUGCCUUCUACCUAAAAGACACGGAGCGCAUGUACCUGUGCCUCUCCCAAGAGAGGAUCAUCCAGUUUCAAGCCACUCCAUGCCCAAAGGAACCAAACAAGGAGAUGAUCAACGACGGGGCCUCCUGGACAAUCAUCAGCACGGACAAGGCUGAGUACACCUUCUACGAGGGCAUGGGCCCUGUCCACUCGCCUGUCACCCCCGUGCCAGUGGUGGAGAGCUUACAGCUCAACGGUGGAGGAGACGUAGCCAUGCUGGAGCUGACGGGACAGAACUUCACUCCAAAUCUGCGGGUCUGGUUCGGAGACGUGGAGGCAGAGACCAUGUACAGGUGUGCUGAGAGCAUGCUGUGUGUGGUGCCCGACAUCUCAGCCUUCCGCGAGGGUUGGCGCUGGGUGCGCCAGCCGGUCCAGGUGCCCGUCACGCUGGUGAGGAACGACGGCAUCAUCUACUCCACGACGUUGACCUUCACCUACACCCCGGAGCCCGGGCCGCGGCCGCACUGCAACGCGGCGGGCGCCAUCCUCCGGUCGGGGAACGCCAGCCUGCUAGCGGCGAGUAACAGCCAGGCGAACGAGGCCAACUCAGGAGGCUACGGAGGCCCCAACAGCGGCACCAACCCAGGGGUCACAUCCUCAUCUACGGCGGCCGCCGUGGUCUCCUAACACGCACACGCGUGUGACAUACGCCCCGGAGAGCAAAACAUACCACAUUGGGGGGGGGGGGGGGGGGAGGGGGGGGAGAAAAAGACUACAUUUGAAAACACAAACUGACUCGCUCUUUCACAAAAACAAAAAAAAAUGCUGCAUAUUAAUUUUGGAUACAAAAGAACCUGGAAUGGAAAAAAAAAAAAAAAAGUCAGAGAAAGAAGAGGAGUUUUCAAUGACAAACAACUUAAAACAAACAAAAGAAAAGUCAUUCAACCCACGAAAAAGAGAAAUUGUGCUCCUCAUCCCCCUCUUGUGGUUUAAAGGGACAUGCCUCUUUGGUGCUAGAGGUGGAGCCAAGGAAUAGGGAGUUCCUAUUGGCUCAGACCCUCAGCAUGUUUAAAGGCCGUGAGAAUGGUAACCACAACAACAAUACAUCCGCCAUGUGUAUAACUUUGUUUAAAGAAAAGUCUAUUUUUCUUGCGCGCCCAUCUCCCCAUUUUGCCCGUUUCUCCCCUAUUUUUCUUUUUCUUUGUCAUGUCAUGUUAGUUUGUGUUUGUUUCUGUACAGGGGCGCGAUGUGUUGUUGUCAGAGGGGUAAGGACGCCAAGGGACAGAGAUGAAAACCGGGAUUACCGUAACAUAGUUUUUAUGGACCAAGGAUCUUGUAUAAGCUUUAGUAAAGGUACAUUUUCUCCAUACCUUUUUUGUAUUAAACAUAUAGUACACUUUUGUUACCAAAUAGUUUCUAUUCUUCCUCUGAGCUUGGACUUUUUUUGCGGUCCAAACCCUGACCUGGCUUGUGUAUAAUAGCAACAUUACUUCCUUUUUCUCUGACAAAAAUGCCUGCUUUUUUAAAUUAUCUUUUGACGGAAACGCUUCAUUUUUGAUACUUUGCUUCUUUCUCUGAGAAAAAAAUAAGUCUGGGGAUUUUUUUAUUUUUUUUAUUUUUACAUAAUCAAAACGUUUUUUGGGGGGGGUUUCUGUUUAGGGAAUAACCUCAGAGGGUCUAAUUUUCUUUAUGAUUGGUUUUUAUGAAGUCUUUAAACAGAAAAAAAAGCUUUAAGCAAUGCCUCUGCCUUGCCUGCAAUACUCUAGGUACACUACCAUCCCCUCAUGGGGAAGUAGGGCCUUCCGUGUGUCUGUACAUCUCACGCAGAGCCAUAGCAAUGCCUACAGAAUUCGUAUGUUCAUUUCAAGAAAGAAAGGAGAAAAAAAACAUAUACAGGCAGUUAUAUAAAUUGUACAUUUUUACAUCAAUGUAAAACAAGCCUAGUCAUUGAAUUCAAGAUGAUAGCCUUAGUACUGUAUCUUAUUACUGUGCGCACAGUCAAAGAAAGUCCUGUCACAUAUCCAAAUGUUGAAAUCAUGUAGUGUGUUCGUUGCCACUCAAGUAUAAGAUGAGUUUUAAUAUCCGUCAGCCAGUAUACCAUCCUACCAGGCUUAGGUGUCUUCCAGUGAGUCGUUAAUAAAAGUGGCAUUUAACUUCCAUGGUUUUACAGAAGAAGAAAAACAAAAACAGUCAUACCACGCAACGAUGUGUUUGAGACACUUCCAAUUGAAUGUGGCCUUAUCACUAUCUUAAAUAUCAAAGAGCCUCUCACCUUUCCAACGGUCUUCUCACUUUGUGUACUGUCAGCUCGGAAACGCUAAGAAACUGAAUCCGUCUGUCACCUCUCUGCACAUGGCAGGGGGCUUGUGUCUCGGGGCCAUUACCCAGACAUCCACACGCCGUCAUUGUCCACGAAUAGAAAAUCAUGUCGUCAUGUUAUCAGCCUUCUGAAGGAUCUGUUGGCCUUUAAAAAAAAAAGAAGAAAAUAACUUAAGUUUGAAAAUACCGAAAAAAGAACACUUGCUAGCGGUUUUGUACCUUGCGGUAUCCAGCUUCCUCCAUUUUGGACCCAUGGUUGUUGAGUGCUAUAUGCUCUGCUGGGGGCUUUGGAGCCUGUCACAUGUCCUGUGGUAUUCACUUCCAGCAACACUUUGAUGUACAUUGUAAACUCAGUCUGAAAGUAGCUGCACUCAAGUCACCCAUGUAAAUGUACUCUGUGUAUGUAUGGUGAUCAUGUCUUCUGUAGAAUUAUAAGGCCUUCUAGAUGUGUGUGUGUGUGUGUGUGUGUGCGUCGAAGAUGUGUACUUUCCAGAAUGUACAGCAAUAUUGUACAGGUUGUGUUUUGUCUGUUCUUGGGUUCUGUCUGCCUGACCACUAGUUCACCAGCUUGCGUAAGUGUGCUAGCGAAUGAGUGCUAUGGUGUGAUUGUGUAUGAGAGAGAGUGUGUAUGUGUGUGUGUGUUUGUUGAUUUUGCUUCCUUGUAUUGGCGUUCUAAUGGAACAAUGAGUCAGACUCGCUCCAUUUCAAACAUCCAUUCGUGUCCAGAACAAUCAGUGCUCUUUUAAAGAUGGACUUGGGAUUCAUUUGCGCCGUCUUCCGAUCCAAAUACUGAAACGACUCACUCUUACUUCUCUGAUAAAUGUGGACAAACAAAUUGAUACGAGGCAAUACGUUGAUCAUAGUAUUACAGUAAACUGUACAAACUUCUGGGAAGAACUAUGACGCUGUAACUUGAAUGUCUGAAUGAUGAAGUAAUUUCACCCUCAGUCACACAAACCCUUACUUACUCACAUCCCUUUAAACGGGGAAAGAAAACAAGUGCUCAAUUUGUCCCCAAAAAAUAAUACUUUUAGGGAUGCUUUUUAAUAUAUAACCCUCAUGUAAUUUUUUUGUUUGUGUGCCCAUAUUGUCAACUAUUGAUGUAAUCUUUAUACAGUGUAAUAUUGUUAUUUUAAAUUAUUUGGUAUAAAAGUUUUCCCCUUUUUGUUUUAUUCUAUGUCAAAGAAAAUAAGUGCAUUAUUGCCCAACGCUGCCUCGCUUUGGCCUGGGAGUGUUUUGUCAAAAGGCUACUGUAUUGUUAUCAAGGAAUAGGUGCUCUCAACCUAAAUUGCAUAGCUUGUAGCAUCGUAUCAAGAAAAGCUGCAUCACCAUCUACAUGGCGAAAGUAGAAGAUCGAUUUUUUACACCAUGAAUAGAAAGCCUUUCGAAACCCUUUACUCUGUUCCCUCGUCAAUAAGGUUGUCACCAAAUCUCUGAGUUAACUCAGUGUUUUCUUUUCUAAAUUCUUGCUGAUGUCAGUUUUAGCUGGUAGGAAUGAGCUCGGAAGUUUUCAGUUUGGGUUCAGUGGCCUCCUUGGCCUGAGGUGUUACCCACCUCCUCCUGGUUCUUCUUUUAAAAUGUUGUUUACACGUUCAGUAGCCUCUCUCUCCUCCUCUCGCUCUGCUCAUCACCGACUCACGGGUUGUGCAAGUCUAGAACGAGUGGCUCUGCGGCGUCAAGUAAACAGUUGAAGGGUGAUGGGUAGUUGCUACCUUCAAGAGUUUCGGGCUGUUUACGUGUACUCGGUUUGGCGGGAGAGGAUUAUGGGUAAUUGAGGCUGCAAGUGAGGCACCAGCGUUCCUCAUCUUCAUGUUUCACUGAAUUAAAAGAGGGAUGGCGAGAGGAACAAUGUUACAAGGCCUUCUUUUAAACAAGCUGUAUUAACGUGGCCACCUAUCUUGGUUACCGUCUCACAUAUGCUUUUUGCAAAUACUGUACACUUAACAAACCAAUUUUCACUUAUUUGUCUGGUCAUAACGUCCUGUUUUGUUUUUCCGAAAGCAGCUUUUUUUGGGGGGUUGUUGUCGUAAUGAGCUCUGAACAAUGUAUGUAUCCUCUAAUAUGCCAAAUGUCUUUUAUAACGUAGAGUUUUCAUGCACUGCUAAACGAAAACGGACAGGGGAGGAGGCAGCUUUAAAUAAAUGAAGAGAUGUGUGAGGAGGCCUCUGUCGCGCUCAGCCUCGCUGUUGAAGACGACCGGCUGGCUGCUUUACAGAGCGCUAACCCUUAUCUCGCACACUUUUUUUUUUCUUUUCUUCUCUCUUUAUCUUCUCUCUGUAUGUUUUGGACUUCUUCUUUGGUGUCCUUUGCUCUCGCAAAAUGGAUUUUCUAUUCUCGUUUCCUCACCUCCUGGCUCUCACUCUCUCUUUCCUUCUCUCUCACUCGGUCUCUCCGUCAGUGUAUUGUUCUAGUCAUGAUGAACAGAGGUGUCAAUGUGGUAGUAUACUCAGUGCUCAGAUGGCUGCUGAUGGUAGAUACCUGUGCAGUUUGUAACAUUUAGCAAUAACGUGAAACAAGGGGAUUUUUUUUUUUUUUUUUUUUGAUAACAUGAUAGAUUGUUUGUUUUUUGUACAUAUUGCAGUUUCAGUUCAUGCUCAAUUCCUUAUGUCAUUAAAGAAAAAAAACAAUUUAAAAAAAACUUGCAAUAUUGGCAUAAAAAAAAAUCAAGAAUAAAAAAGUGA